UCCUUAGUUUUGUAUUUUCCUUCACAGUUUGCGAAAUGGCACGUACCAAGCAGACCGCGCGCAAGUCUACGGGCGGGAAAGCCCCGCGCAAGCAGCUCGCCACCAAGGCUGCCCGCAAGAGCGCUCCUGCCACCGGCGGCGUCAAGAAGCCACAUCGCUACCGACCGGGCACCGUGGCGCUGCGCGAGAUCCGGCGCUACCAGAAGUCCACGGAGCUGCUGAUCCGCAAGCUGCCCUUCCAGCGGCUGGUGCGCGAGAUCGCGCAGGACUUCAAGACGGAUCUGCGCUUCCAGAGCUCGGCCGUGAUGGCGCUGCAGGAGGCGUGCGAGGCGUACCUGGUGGGGCUGUUCGAGGACACCAACCUGUGCGCCAUCCACGCCAAGCGCGUCACCAUCAUGCCCAAGGACAUCCAGCUGGCGCGCCGCAUCCGUGGGGAGCGGGCGCGUGGCAAACGGAUCGGAUCACUAAGGCGGGACGCCUCGCCCGCGAUGCGUUCGAAGAUGUCGUUGACGAACGAGUUCAUGAUGCCCAUGGCCUUGGACGAGAUGCCCGUGUCCGGGUGCACCUGCUUCAGCACCUUGUACACGUACACCGACAUGGCUCGCACCAAGCAGACGGCGCGCAAGUCCACGGGCGGGAAGGCCCCGCGCAAGCAGCUGGCCACCAAGGCAGCCCGCAAGAGCGCUCCUGCCACCGGCGGCGUCAAGAAGCCGCACCGCUACCGGCCGGGCACGGUGGCGCUGCGCGAGAUCCGGCGCUACCAGAAGUCCACGGAGCUGCUGAUCCGCAAGCUGCCCUUCCAGCGGCUGGUCCGCGAGAUCGCGCAGGACUUCAAGACGGAUCUGCGCUUCCAGAGCUCGGCUGUGAUGGCGCUGCAGGAGGCGUGCGAGGCGUACCUGGUGGGGCUGUUCGAGGACACCAACCUGUGCGCCAUCCACGCCAAGCGCGUCACCAUCAUGCCCAAGGACAUCCAGCUCGCGCGCCGCAUCCGCGGGGAGAGGGCUUGAAUUGCUUUUACUCCCGAGAGGUAACCUAAACCCAACCCAAAGGCUCUUUUCAGGGCCACCUACACGUUCAGUUGAAAGAGCUGUGCACCAAGGGUUGCAAUUUA